AUGGGUUACAAGAUAGGGAGGAAUGAAUUUAUUAAGAUCACAAAAAGUACACUUUUGCCGCCUCUAACUGGUAGUCCUUCAACACCCUUCACCAAGGCCAGUCAACCCCCUUUUCAAAGUGACAUGAUGCUUAAUCUUCUGAUGAGAAUUGAUGGGAAGUUGACUGAUCAAGCUGAGAAAAUGAUUCUUGUUUCUGACUUCGUAAAAGAUAUCAUCAAUGAAGCUAAAGUUGACCAAGCACACCAACAGACAAGGAUGCAUCAAGAAGCUCAGUUAACUCCACUAGAAACAGAACAAACUACAGAAAAAGCACAUCCAGACAAGGGUAAAGUUACUAACACUGAUCUUGUAGCAAAAAAGACUACUGGUACAGUUAUCGAUGCGAAUCUGGGCAGGAAUGAUUGCUCCCUUCCUCGCAGUUCCUUCAUUUCUGAUAGUAUUUGUAAGACACCGUAUUGGGCGUCUUAUCAUGCGAGAAGCUUUAUGUAUCUUGUAAAUUGCACAACACCGAUAAAAUCUUCUCUGUAUGUUGAUGCCUCUCGUUGUCCAGAUCGCUCUUUUCUUCCGCCUACUUACUUUUAUUUUUUAGAUCAACAAACAAAGCCGCGUGAUUUCGAUCAGUUUUGCACAGUGGAAGCACGGGUUCCAGUUGAGCUAGAGAAUAUCAGCAACGUGUCUACUUUGGACAUCUACGAAAAGCUAUUACUGGGCUUUGAGCUGUCAUGGAGGUACUUUGAUGAUCACCUGCUCUAUUGCGCGGAGGAUAAACUUCAAGUGAUAUUGGACUCGUUGCGAUAUGCCUUGGAAACCUAUGUAGACAGCUUCGCAAAUUUCCUCUUUGGCCAACAUUAUUAUGUAAAUGAAAGAACGUAUAUUUUAUGUCUUGGAGUAACAGGAGGAGCUAUCUUAUUACGAACUUUGUUGGGAAUAUGUUGCUUGAUUGCACUGGUUACGUACAAGUGGAGAAAAAGACAUUUAUGUGUGGAUGACACGAUUGAAGAAUUUCUUCAAAAACAGAGUGAUUUAAUACCGAUAAGGUAUUCUUAUCGCGAAAUAAAAAGAAUGACUAGAAGUUUUAGAGAUAAAUUAGGUGAAGGUGGUUAUGGUUCAGUGUUUAAAGGAAAGCUUCGUAGUGGCCAUCUUGUGGCAAUAAAGUUAUUGGGCAAGUCAAAAGCCAAUGGGCAAGAUUUCAUUAAUGAAGUUGCUACAAUUGGGAGAAUUCAUCAUUUUAAUGUGGCGAAACUCAUUGGAUUUUGUGUGGAGGGAUCAAAACAAGCUCUUGUAUAUGACUUUAUGCCAAAUGGAUCUCUAGAUAAAAUCAUUUUUACAGAAGAAAAUGAAACUACCCUGAGUUGGCAAAAAAUGUUUGAUAUUGCGCUUGGGGUGGCUCGAGGAAUUGAAUAUUUACAUCAUGGAUGUAACAUGCAAAUUCUACAUUUCGAUAUCAAGCCACACAAUAUUCUUUUAGAUGAGAACUUUGUUCCAAAAGUUUCAGAUUUUGGUCUUGCUAAACUUUAUUCGGUAGAUGAUAGCAUUGUAUCUCUCACUGCAGCACGGGGUACAAUAGGAUACAUUGCUCCUGAAUUGGUCUACAAAAACAUUGGAGGCAUCUCGAAUAAGGCUGAUGUUUAUAGUUUUGGAAUGCUAUUAAUGGAAAUGGUGGGAAGAAGAAAGAAUUUGAAUGCGUUUGCUAAACACUUGAGUCAAAUAUACUUUCCUUCAUGGAUUUAUGGCCAAUUUCAUCGAGGAGAGGACGUUGAGUUGGGAGAGGUUACAGAUGGUGAAAAGAUAAUUGUUAGGAAGAUGAUAAUAACAGCUUGUUGGUGUAUACAAGUGCCACCUAACGACCGUCCUUCAAUGAGCAAAGUCUUGGAGAUGCUUGAAACUAAUGUUGAGCUCCUUCAAAUGCCCCCCAAACCUUUUCAACUUCCUUUUGAAGUAUCAAUUGAGGAUCGUGCUGAUGAGAAUCCAAGUGAGGAUCCAACUUCAUCACUUCUUUCUUCGAAUGAAAUUAGCUUAAAUAUAACGUAAGUUAUGAAACUUUUCAUUUUAUUAUGUUAUUUUUGUACUUUGAUAAUAAGAAAAUAUCAUGUCCCUUUAAAACCUAGAAUUUUGUAUUGUAAUUUCCAAACUUGUUUCUGUACUUUGAGCUCUGUUUCUAUGGGUUUUCUUCUUUCGUA